GCCUUUUCUCGCACUUUCUGACUUCCCUCCCCUACCUAUUACCGACCAAGUCUUUCACAGGCUGCUUCAGCAUUUCAUCUCAGUGAUGGCCUCAUUUUCUGCCACCUUCCUUCCCUCUGUUGCCAUGAGGCCGAACAGGUCGUAGAUCUGCAUUAACAGAUAGAUUCGUUUAAGUUUGGAUGUUGUCUUUUCGAGAGGGUGACAUCUGACAGGCGGCAGCCGACAUCCGCCCGUUAAAGAUUGGGCUGACUGACAAGGAGAACAUCCAUAUCCAGCGACGAACAUCGAGAUCUGAGCUGGACGCUAGGUAAACCAGGACAGGACGGCAGAGAGAUCCCCAGAGCGGACCGUUUUGCAGCUGAGGCCGAGCGGAAGCGAGACAAGUCAAGAUGGCCUGAAGAACCGAGCGGUUGCGUAAAGCUUCUGUUGAAGAGGUGUCUAUGCACCAGAUGUCUAAGCAACCUUUGAGGCCAUAUAGUUCAGUUCACUCAACUGCCACUGCAAGAGAACAACUCUAGUAAUGGAGUUUCAUUGAUAUGGCUGAGCAUUGGCUUUGUUGAAAAUUGCCUUCAGGUACGAAAGUACAACCCCCAAUCGAGGACCUUGUAUCCUUCAGUCAGAACAACCUUGACUUUUCUUAGAAGAACCCAAUAGAACCUGAGAGUUUUGUUAAUCAACAGCAGCCAUGAAUGGCAUGACUGAACUGUCCGUGAAGUGUGUUCUGGUUGGGGACUGCGCGGUCGGCAAGACGGCCCUGUUGGUCCGCUUCACCUCAGAGACAUUUCCAGACAUGUACAGGCCGACUGUGUUCGAAAACACGGGCGUGGAGGUAUAUAUGGAUGGGGUCCAAAUCAGCCUCGGCCUGUGGGACACGGCAGGCAAUGACAACUUCAAGCAGAUCCGCCCGAGAUCGUACCAUCAGGCUGACGUCGUCCUUAUGUGCUACUCGGUGGCCAACCCAAACUCCCUGGCCAGCAUCCAGCACAAGUGGAUCGCCGAGGUCCGAGAGAACCUGCCCAGGGUCCCGGUGCUGGUCGUGGCCACCCAGACGGACCUGAGGGAGAUGGGGGUUCAUCGGGGCAGCUGCAUCUCACCGGCGGAGGGGAAACGAGUGGCUCAUGAGGUUCACGCUAAGGGCUACCUGGAGUGCUCCUCCUUGAGUAACCGUGGCGUGCAGCAGGUGUUUGAGUACGCCGUCAGGACAGUUUUCAACAAGCACAAGAAACGGGAAAGGAGGCGGUUGUUCAGCUUGAACCAGUGCAAAAUGUUUUGAUAUCUGACUUUAAACUUUCUGUCAUUUAAGGGUUUUUUAGAUGUGCUGUUCAAACUCCGUCGCCCAUGAAGAGAUGAGAGGACCCAAAGUGGGUUUCCUGUCAUACUGCAGGGUCGUUCAUCACUAGUACCCACCCCAAACCCAAAUGUAUUUAAACUAAGAACACUGAGAAAAAAGACAAACCCUCACUGUCUGAGAUAACAGCAUAUGUUAGCGGAC